AUGCAUUUGAUGUACACUUUGGGCCCUGACGGCAAGCGUGUGUACACUUUGAAGAAGUUGAGCGACGAGGGUGAAAUCACCAAAUCUGCACACCCUGCCAGAUUUUCUCCCGACGAUAAGUACUCGAGACAGAGAGUGACGUUGAAGAAAAGAUUCGGUUUGAUCCCCAACUGA